GAACCAGCAGUACUUGCCGCAAGACACUGGGGAAAGUCAGCUGUCACCUUUGUGGAUAUCAAAGAUGGCAGGAAACAAGUCUUUCACGAUAGUUGAAUAUUUCGGCGGAGACGGCGGCUACCGCUGUGGUUACUGUAAAAAUGAAAUGGGAAACGUUUCUCAUGGUAUGUGGUCUCAUACCAUGACAGUACAAGACUAUCAAGACCUCAUUGAUAGAGGAUGGAGGAGAAGCGGGAAAUAUGUGUACAAGCCCAUAAUGAACAAGACAUGCUGUCCACAGUAUACCAUCAGAUGUCAUGCACUAAAGUUUGAGCCUACCAAGUCCCACAAGAAAGUCCUGAAAAAGCUCAGUAAAUUCAUUUCCAAAGGGGAAUUACCAACAGGACAGAAUGAUGCUGAGCCAAUGGACUCUGUGUGUGAGGAUGUUGGUCCACGGGAACCAAAUAAACUCUCCCAAGCAGAAGUAAAGUGUGUUGCUGUCACAGACAUUCAGAAGAAAGAAGCCGAUUGUCCCUCCAUCACAGAAAUUAAGGAGGAGGUGGCAGAUGCUCCAGCUGCAGGCUCGGAAAAAUCAAGGAAAGAUGAAGUGUCUGUCUCGGAUGGAAAAAACACAGGUCCUAAACCAGUGGCAGGGAUCGGAGCUGAUCCUAAUCGGCCGCCAUGUCGGAAGGCCAAAGACUUGAGGAAGGAGCGACGUCUUCAGAAAGAGCAGAUGAGACAACGCACGGAUGGGGUCUCUUCCAUUGUGUCUACUACCCCACCUACUCCCUCUCAGAGCAGCCAAUGCAAAACCUUGGAAGAUUUCAUCAGUGAGUCAUUGCCAGACAUUUCUUCUCAUUGCCUUGAGGUGAGGCUAGUGCGCUCCAAUCCCCCUAGCCCGCAGUUCAAAGCCUCUUUUGACGCCUCCUACCAGGUGUACAAACUCUACCAGAUGGCCAUUCACAAGGACCCUCCUGACAAACCCUCCGAGAGCCAGGUGAGGCUAGUGCCGGUCAGCUUUCAGGACCCUCAGUUCACAGCAUCCUAUCAACAGUCGGUGGCACUGUACUCCUGCUACCAGAUGGCCAUUCAUGGUGAUGACCCCAGCGAAUGUAGUGAGAGCGAGUUCCGGAGAUUUCUCUGCGAUUCACCACUAGAGGCAGAAUAUUCUCCAGAUGGGCCCGAAGUGGGAUAUGGCUCCUUUCAUCAGCAAUACUGGCUGGAUGACCGCAUUGUCGCUGUGGGAGUGAUAGACAUCUUGCCUACCUGUGUGUCCUCUGUUUACCUGUACUACAACCCAGAAUUUGCCUCUCUGUCUCUGGGCUCCUACUCUGCUCUCAGGGAGAUUGCUUUCACACGGCAGCUGCAGAAACAGUCCCCAAAGCUGGCGUACUACUACCUGGGCUUUUACAUUCACUCCUGUCCCAAGAUGCGGUAUAAGGGGCAGUACCGGCCUUCAGACCUCCUUUGCCCCGAGACCUAUGUUUGGGUACCAAUAGAGCAAUGCCUACCACAUUUGGAGAACUCCCGCUAUGCUCGUUUCAACCAGGAUCCUGAUGCAGGAGAUGCCCGAGGACUGAAGGACAUCGACAGAGCAAUGAUGCUGUACAAGCGAGUCGUCAUGCCCUAUGCGGUCUACUCCCGCAAACGCAAGGGCUCCAGCGAUGAGACGGAGGUACAGAAAUAUGCCAGCUUGGUUGGCCAGGACUGCGCUGAAAGAAUUCUGCUUUACCGCUCUUAAACAUACAACUUCACACCACUGCACCUUUUUAAUCCACACCUCCCUCCCAGCAUAUAUCUGUGUGUCUCUCUUUCUGUAUGUCUGUGAAAAGUGCUUUCUGGUGCCCCUGUAGUCUCACCAUGCUUACAGGCUUGUACAAUGCAGUAGCCAUUUACUGUAUGUUUAUACCCAUCACUCACUGGCCUCAUACAUUAGCUGUGUAUCUUUGAGGAGUUACAUUUUUACCAAUGAUUUCUGCAUCAUCUUGUCUUAUUUUAGAUAUUUCGCAUCGUUUUGAUUUGACUCCACACAGGAACCAGACCCUUUGUAUUUUAAUAUCAUGUACGAAUCAUUAGGUAGAUGAGAGCUCUUCUCUCCUGAACAGACACAGGUUUGGAUAUAUCUCUGCACUGUCACUUGAAGAGCGUGUUCCCUCAAAUGUCCACUAAAUUUGCUUACGUGGCAUCUUCAUACACUCACCUGAUUUACUUACAUUGUUUAGAUUUUUAUCACAUGAUUUAUGUAAAUCUUUGUUUUCUUAUAAUAUUGGCAGUUAUUUUUUGUUGAACCAAAUAAAGGGGUUGUAUAUUC